AUGCCUUCCAACUAUUUCCUUCUGUUUCUUCUUGGAGUGGUGGUUUUCACUACCACUCCCUCUCUUGCUGAUCAGCACGAUGAUCACCACAAACCACCGAUUCACAAGCCUCCUACCCAUCCCGCAGACCACCACAAACCACCCAUCCACAAGCCUCCCAUGGUGGAAGUCUCUCAUCUUCAGAAGUCACCACAACCCCCCAAACAUAAGCCUCCAACGACAUUAAGCAAUCAAGAGCCACUCCCUGAGCACAAGCCAUCAACCCCUCGUGAUCAACCUCCAAAGGGUAAGGGAGAGAAGCCACCACCGGAGCACAAGCCACCUCAUGAGCACCGUUUGUUAGAAACUGACGACAAACCGUCCAAGGGAGAGAAGCCGCCGCAAGAGCACAAUGAGCAUCACAAGGGAGAAAAGUCACCACCAAAGCAUAAGCCACCACAUGAACACCAAUUGUUGGAGGUGGAUGGCAAACCUUCCAAGGGAGAGAAGCCACGACAAGAGCACAAUGAGCCUCACAAGGGAGAGAAGUCGCCACCGAAGCACAAACCACCUCAUGAACACCAGUUGUUAGAGUUGGAUGGCAAACCAUCCAAGGGAGAGAAGCCACCGCAAGAGCACAAUGGACCUCAUAAGGGAGAGAAGCCGCCACAAAAGCACAAGCCACCUCAUGAACACCGCUUGUUAGAGACUGAUGGAAAACCUUCCAAGGGAGAGAAGCCACCACAACAACACAAUGAGCCUCAUAAGGGAGAGAAGCCCCCACCAGAGCACAAACCAGGACAUCCGGGUAAUGAACCUCACAAGGGUGAGAAGCCACCACCAAACCACAAACCACCUCAUGAACAAAACACCGGACGCCGUUUGCUAGAGUCCUCUUCCACUGAGUUAGAUGGUAAGUCUCCUGAAGGAAAGAAGCCACCCCCAAAACACAAGCCACCAACCCCACUUAACAAAAAUGAAGAACAUAAGCCAUUCCCAGAACACAAGCCACCAAAGGGUAAAGGAGAGAAGCCACCACAUCAUGAUCGUCACCUUGGAGACAAUGCAGAGAAGGAUGCCAAAGAAUCACCACACAAGCCACCCCGGAAAUUAAAGCCUCCUAGUACUGUUGCAAAGAAGCCUCCAACUGCCCCUCAAAAACCACCUCACAAACCUCCAUCUCCCUACUGA